UCGCGAGAGUUAGAUUGCACUUGGAAAAGAAUCACCGAAAGAUGGCGGCUCCGCCUGAUGAGGGGAGUUUGGAGUCUCGCAUCAACAAAGCGACCAACCCUCUAAACAGAGAGACCGACUGGGACAGCAUUAAAGCUUUCUGUGAGCAGCUUAGCAAUGAACCUGAAGGUCCACAGCUGGCCACCAGGCUUUUGGCCCACAAGAUCCAGUCGCCACAGGAAUGGGAAGCUAUGCAGGCCCUCACGGUUCUGGAGACAUGUAUGAAGAACUGUGGGAAGAGGUUCCAUAAUGAAGUGGGGAAGUUCCGCUUUCUCAACGAGCUCAUCAAAGUGGUUUCUCCAAAGUACCUGGGCUCUCGAGCUCCAGAACCCGUGAAGAAGAAAGUACUAGAAAUGAUGUACAGUUGGACCGUAGGGUUUCCUGAAGAGACCAAAAUAUCCGAUGCCUAUCAGAUGCUGAAGAAGCAAGGUAUUGUGAAACAGGACCCUGCUCUUCCAGAUGAUAAGCCCCUCCCUCCUCCCCCUCCCAGACCCAAGAACGCCAUCUUUGAGGAUGAAGAGAAGUCGAAGAUGCUGUCACGUUUGCUCAACAGCACUCACCCGGAGGACCUGCGAGCGGCAAACAAACUUAUUAAGGAAAUGGUUCAGGAGGAUCAGAAGCGCAUGGAGAAGGUGUCGAAGAGAGUAAACGCGAUUCAGGAAGUGAAGGAGAGUGUCAAGUUGCUCACACAGCUACUAGCAGACUACAACAAAGAAACCAGCUCACACGACAACGAGGAGCUCAUCAAGGAUUUGUACCAGCGCUGUGAGAAGAUGAGACCCACCCUGUUCAGACUGGCCAGUGAUACAGAAGACAACGAUGAAGCUCUAGCGGAGAUCCUGCAGGCCAAUGACAGUCUGACGCAGGUGAUUAACCUCUAUAGGCAGCUUGUGAAGGGAGAGGAGGUGAAUGGUGAUAGCAGCACUAUGCCAACACUUAAGGGGAAAAGCACAGCCCUGUUGGACCUCACCGGACUGGACACCUCACCUUCAGCUCCCACUUUUCCAGAAUUCCCCUCUCAGCCCACGCCAUCACAUGAGCUGGGCCUCAGCCUGCUGGAUGACGAACUCAUGUCUUUGGGGUUAACUGACAGCACUCCUAAUUCUACUCUGGCUUCCUCUCAGUCUGGUGAUGCCUCCACAUGGAACUCAUUCCAGGUUUCAGAUACCGUAGACACACCCGUCCCUCCGGUACCAGCCGCCGUGCUGUUGCCAUCGGUCACCACCCCUCAGGCCCCUGUUAGCGCCCCCACCUCUGCUGUCAAGGCCCUGGAUGAACUGGAUGUGCUUGGGAAGACCUUGCUACAGCAGUCGCUGCCCCCUGAGAGCCUGCAGGUCAAAUGGUACAACCCAGACAAAAUGGACAAACUUCAGCCACAGUCCAAGCCCACCCUGCGAGAUCUCCAAAGCAUGUCGAACACGCACCCAGUCGCAAGCUCAAGUCCUGUCCUAGCAUUUUCCUCUGAGCCUGCUAAUCUCCAGAACUCGCAGCACAGCAGUGAGGCUCCUGCACUGAGCAUUGGCCCUGCUUCCACUCCUCAGGAUGAGAUCUCUCUGGCCAACAUCACUGUGCCCCUGGAAUCUAUCAAACCUAGUAGCAUGUUGCCCGUGACAAUCUUUGACGAACACAGCUUGCGUGUCCUGUUGCACUUUGCGCGCGAAUGCCCUCCGUCUCGGCCCGAUGUUCUGGUGGUUAUCAUCUCUAUGCUGUCAUCCGCUCCCAUGCCUGUCACGAACAUCCGCUUCCAGGCAGCCGUCCCCAAGACGAUGAGGGUGAAACUGCAGCCACCGUCUGGAUCAGACCUGCCAGCCUUCAACCCCAUUCUCCCACCUGCUGCGAUUACACAAGUCCUGCUACUGGCCAACCCUCAAAAGGAAAAGGUUCGGCUGCGAUACAAGCUGACGUUCGAUUUAGGUGAGGAGUCCCAUGAUGAGAGCGGAGACAUUGAACAGUUCCCACCUCCAGAAUCCUGGGGGAACCUUUAGGUGGACACACUGACUUCCUGCUGCUUUAUCCCUCUGCUUCCUGUUGGUCUUGCCCAGUGGGAACAGCUCUUGCAAAUCCAUGGUUCGUUUCUGAUCCAAAGAAAAUUGAGCCCCUCCUCACUUUCCCGAAUACUUGAUGUUGGUACAAAGUUACAGCAGAGUAAUACUUGUGACAUUUUAAAUCUAAGCAAAGGUAGAAAUUUUGAAUAGAAGCGUGUCCGAAUGAGGACUGCAAGUGGUAGAGGUGAGGUGAAGUGACGGAGGUUCUCAUUUUUUCAAACUGGACUCAGAUUUAUGUCAAAAGGAUCUAUCUGCCUUGGAAUCCUAUGCUCUCCUCCUCCUUUCCUUUUUCAUCUUGCUUUCCUUCUGUCUCGUUGUCUUUUGAUUCGAACAUUUUUAAUCUCCAUCUUCCUCUGCUGCCUCUGUCCUGUUUUGUGAACCUGUUGACGCAAUAUCAGCCUUCCUGUGAAAAGGAAGGUGUGUAUACGUGCUCGUCAUUCAUGAAGACUCCAUCGUGCUGUCUGUAGUCGAGAGAACUGUACGCGCGAGAGCAUAUUUUAUGAUUCACGGAGCAAAUCUGUGCGAGCGUUCGAAUAAUGGAACGGCGAAGUGGAUUUUGUUUCUAUGCUGUGAUGUCUUGUCGAUCCUCUAUGAUGGAAAUCUAAUCUCUCCUCCUUUGCUUUCGGUCUGAUGAGCACUGUAUCCUUGUCACGUCUCGAGUUAGGAUGAGCGCUGCAUUGGGUUUCUCUACAUGUUGGUGUUGAUUCUGGUCAUUACUAAUUUUUGUCUUUCACCAAAAAUUGCACAUUUAUAAGAUGAUCAACAUUGAUGUGUUAGAUGGCCUGCAUCGUUUGAUGACUGACCGACCAAAUCUGAUAGGAAGGGGAAAUCUUUGUACAUUUUCAACUCGUUUACUCAAAACUUGAGGCUGGGGUAGUUUUUGGGACAGCCAAUUAAAGCCCCAAAUCUGUAUUGUUUUGGCAGUUCAGAAGUCAGAUUAUUUGGUCAACACAAGUGCCUCGGUUUCUACCUGAUGGCAAAUACAAAUUUGACAUAGAUUGGAGGGAUACAGCAUUUUAAUUCAAUGUUGAAUAAGGGUUCAGUUAAAAAAAGACUCUAAAUGCUGCAUGUGUGAAAGCACCUUAGUAAAAUUUUCACGUCGACCUCAUCUUAGACUGAUUUAUUAGUGUAAAGGUUGCAGUUUUAAAUUCGCGGACGAAAGUUACCUAAAUGUUCAUUGCUCAGUUACAGAGACUGCCCUUAUACUUCUUCCACUAAUGAGUUUUGAGCAAACUGGUUCCUGAUCCGCUUUUCUACACGGGGAAAUGUAUGAAAAGAGAGUUUGAUUUGAUACAGUACACUACAGAUGCAGUUGAUGGGAGAUCAGAUUAAAAUGCUGGCUUCUAAAGGAUAAAAUCUGGUGCAUCAGUGGAAAAAAAAAAAUCCCCUACUUUAUUGACUUUGUGCUUCAACCCACUGUUUUGCCCUUUUCAGACUGAAUUCAUUUCAACAUUGAUGCUGUCGUCUUGUUUAAAUUGACCGUAUGUGCCUAAUCUGAUGUUUUACAUUCAUCCUUUACUUCUUUUCUUAAAUGCUGAUCUGUACAUUUGCGUUUGGUUUGGUUCAGGAGUUUGGCAGUAGCUAUUAACACCCAUGUAUUUUUUUUUUAAUGAUUUGAAAUGCUGACAUUGGAUUAGUUUUCCAUGGCAAUGCUAAUACAACCAUUUAUUUAUUUUGUCUUUGUAAUUAAGUGAAAUAUUCCACUCUAGAACAGUGUUUCCUCCUAAAUACAGCACAGUGAUAAAGUAAUUGUGCCUCUGAUGAGAUAAAAUGAACAGGAAUCAUAAAAUUGUUACGUUGGUAGACGUGGGGAUUUGUCUGGUUGUGAAAGGGCAAGAGAAACGCUGCAGGUUUAAUGUUGUGUUGUAGCCACCUGAUCACAUGCCGGUCUAUGCCUCCAGCCUGAAGUCAUACUCGCCACCUAGUUUUCUUCCUGCGUCUGACUGUAAAUAGUAUACGUAUUGCAAUUAUGUACAUUUUGCCAAAAAUGAAAAACUACAGAGAAUAAGUAUGGAAGAGAAUUCAGAAUGUAGUGCAAAUAUGUAUUUAAGGGAAAUAAAGUUAUUCUUUUUCUUGGGGGUUUAACAA